UGGUCUAUAGAUCAGUCUCUAGUCUGGUCUAUACAUCAUUUUCUAUGUAAUCUGGUCUAUAGUCCAUAGUCUUGUCUUUAUAUCAAACUGUAAUUAGACAAUGUUAUGUUCUAUAUAUCAGUUUAUAGAUCAGUCUAUAUUCUGCUCUGGUUUUUAGAUCUACAUUUUGUCUAUUUAUUUUGGUCUAUAGAAGGGUUUAUAGACUGGUCUAUAGAUUAAUCUAUAAUCUUAAAAUCAUUCUACAAUGGGGUCUAUAGAUCCGGCUCUGCAUAUUUUGGUGUGUAGAUCAGUCUAUAUUCCGGUUUAUAGAUCAGUCUACCUAUAAUUUGAUCUUAAGAUCAGCCUAUAGUCUGGUCUAUAGAUAAGUCUAUGAUUUUGUCUAUAGAUCUUUCUAUAGUCUGGUCUUCAGAUCAAUCUAUAGUCUGGUUUUUAGAUCAGGCUAUGUUCUUGCCAAUAGACAAUAGAUCAUUCUAUGUUCUCGUCUAUAGCGUGGUUUACAAAUCAAUCUAUGCUCUAAACCACAAAUCAGUUUACAGUUUGGCCUACAGAUCACACCAUGAUCGCCAAUAUUUUGAGAUAUAUAUUUUCUCCCCAUUCACUAAAUAUUCUUUCACUAAUAUAUUUCUCUUUUUUCUAGGUUGCCUGGAAGCUAAACAGCAGCACUCUCAACAUCUUAAACUUCUAAGGGACAACAUGUAAAAAAGGGCAACUGUAACUAUACGCCUAAUGGAAGAGGAAUUAUUUAAGUAUUACACGUAUAGCGGGUCUAACUUGGAAUGAAUGGAAUGCCCGUUUGGCUAUGCCUUUAGUAACACAGCUACGUGAAGGUGUACAUCCUUUAGUAUUUCCAACCGAUUUAAGUAUGGAAAAGGGUAUUGGUGUUGGCAAUGGUGUGGGCGUUUCUAAGGAUAUAUGUAAAAUUGAACGUAAAUCACCGAUUAAACGACCAUCCCUUUUGGCUUCACCCACACCCUCUAAUAAUGAUUUAAACGAACAGGGGGCUACGAGUACCCCAUUGAAUUGUUCGUCGGCCAGUGAUAAAGAUAAAACACCACAAACAAGUGGCAGUGGUGGUGGUGGUGAAAAAAUUAAACAUUUCACCGAGGAAGAGGCUACGGUGUUAAUGUUAAAAGCAGCUGCCGAAAAAUCAGCUCAAGCUGCAGCGGCGGCAGCCAAUAAUAGUGGUAAUCUCAGUGAUAACAGUUAUACCGAUGACAAUACAACCGGUAAUCUAAGUGGUGGUGGUAAUGGACCCGGCUCCGGGGCCGAUUAUCACUCAGCCUUUGGUGAUGUUAGUGGCGCAACGGGUAUAAGUCUUAAUAUUUUAAAUAGUAUCAAUGCCAUGAGCAGUCUUAUAAGUGGCGGAGCUGGCGGCAAUGGUGGCCUUAGUUUAGCCAGUGCUGCAGCUUUGGGUGUGGGUGGCUCUGGCAAUGGUGCUGGUCAUCCUUGUCCAGAGUGUGGUCGUGUUUAUAAGUUAAAAUCAUCAUUGCGUAAUCAUCAAAAAUGGGAAUGUGGCAAGGAGCCACAAUUUCAAUGUCCCUUCUGUGUGUAUAGGGCAAAACAGAAAAUGCACAUCGGUCGUCAUAUGGAACGUAUGCAUAAGGAGAAAUUUUUCAAAAUUGAAGAUUUAAAAAGUUUCACCACUGCCACUGUAGGUGCUCAAAUAGCUGGUUCUAGUGUAGGUGGCAGUGGUGGUGGUGGUGUGGGAGGUGGUGGUGUUAGUGGCGAUGAAUCAUCAUCUACAGCUGUAGCUGAAUUACGUCAACAUUUCUCGUAAGAAUUAAAUAGUUUUAUCAUUUUUCUUUUUUUAAGCAAAUGAUAAACAAAAAGGCAAGAUUUAUAUAUUAAUAUAUAUUUUUUAUACAAUUUUAUUUUAUUAUUAUUUUUUAAAUUAAUUUAAAUUAGUUUUAAAUUAUUAAGUUUAGCAAGAAAGAGAGAUUUUUUUUUAAUAUCAGGGAAUAUAUAAAUAAUUUAUUUUAAAGAAUGAAAAAAACACGUAUUAACAACAAAGUUAUACAGAAAUAAUUCUGUAAUUCUAAACUAAAUGCAAAUCUUUAAAGGAAUAUGUAUAUGCUGGGAAAGCUUUUAUACAUAUUUGUUUUAUUGUAAAUACACUACAAUUUUUUUUAUAUAUAAACAAAUAAAACCAACAAUCAGGGUUCAAUAGAAAAGAAAUU